GGACUUAUGAAGGGAUUCUUCUUUAAUGCACAUGACACCAUUGCAGUUCUUCUUGUCUGGUGUUUGAUUUUGCUUGGAAAAUACCAAGACUGGCAGGAGCAAGCCAGACAAGAAGCUUUCAAGGUUUUUGAAAAUCGUAAAGCAGAUUAUGAAGGGUUAAGUCAACUCAAAGUCUUACCUAUGAUUUUGAACGAGGUAUUGAGGUUGUACCCACCAGUGGUCGAGCUCUCUAGACUUGUUGAAGAAGAGAUGCAAUUAGGAGAAUACACUAUACCAGCAGAUACACAAGUCAUGUUGCCAAUAAUUGUAAUUCAUCGCGAUCCUCAAUACUGGGGUGAAGAUGCGAACGAGUUCAAUCCUCACAGAUUUUCCGAAGGAGUUGUAAAAGCAACGAAAGGACGUCCUAUAUAUUUUCCCUUCGGCUGGGGACCCCGUGUGUGCAUCGGUCAAAACUUCGCAUUUUUGUCAGCCAAAUUAGUAUUGGUAGACAUUUUGCGCACUUUCUCGUUCGAGAUUUCUCCUACUUAUAUCCACGCUCCACAUGUGAUUUUCACCCUUCAGCCUCAGUUUGGAGCCCCUAUCAUUCUGCGCAACCUCAACUGAAGUCUCCAGUUUUUACUUAUAUCCGAUGUUUUUGGCUAUUUGUUGGUUGUAUUGUUAGUUUUUAUGCUUUUUCAGUCGUCGAGUCUCCAAUAAAUGGUUGUGUUUAAUUAUGUCCGAUGUUUUUGUGCAACAUUUCACUCGAUAACUCUACCUUCAUUAAAUAUGAAUUGUUAGUGUAAACUUUUAUAUUAAUUUCUCAUGUAAUGCAAUGUUUAUGUGUUCAUUCU